AAAGAUUUGGCAGUAUUAGACAAUAUCAGAGAGAACGAACAAGUUAAAGAAUCUAGUUACUGAAUCAUCGUGCUGAAGGAAAGGCAUAGCGUCAAAAUGGAUGAGCGUAUGCUUUGGAAGAAUUGGCAGUAUUUGAAGAAUGAGAUAUACGUAGAGGAUUUCAUCGACGCGAUGAUGGAAGCUGGGAUAUUUACAGCUCAGAAUAAGAGAGACAUUAUGAUGGCGCAACCCAGCACGCGACAAAUGAAGGCCGAGAAGUUUCUGAAUGUGAUGAUCCAGACAGGGGAGAGGGGGUACGAGAUGUUUACAACCGUCCUACACGACAUGAGGAGUGAUAACAGAUAUACGUCUCUGAUGGAGAAACUCAAUCUACCGAGCAACAACGUCAUGGUCGUCCAUCCACUAGUGGAUGAUGCUUCUGCUGCCUCAGGUGACCAUAGACCAGACACUCGAGGCUCCCAGAGACCUUCCACUGCGUCGAGUGGAAGCACAGAUAUCAGCAGAGACGGGGAAACCGGAGAGAAAAACAGAAGAUCAGCGAGACAAGCAUGGAGAUCUCAGACUUCAGGAAGUACUCCAAACAGCGCCUCCUCCCGGCGGCCGACUAGUAACAAUGGUGCUCGAGGAAUGGUUCGCCAACCGAGUACGGGAGAGAUGAAUUCAGUAACUAGAUUCCCUGGUCAACCACAGACAGCACAAACAUCAAACAUGGCAGGUGAUCAACCGCCAUCAGCAGCUUCUUCCGACGAUAGACGUUUAAACGAAAAAAGUUUAUCAGUCGAUAUGAAUAUCUUGGAGCAAGAACUCGUCCGCAUAGCACCAACCAUCGCUGAGCUAUUCCAGAAGAUUUCCAAAACAACAUCAUCUAACAUACCAGUCAGCGAGGAAGAAAUCCGUAAGGUCAAGGAUGAAAAUGAAAGACUGCGGAAAACAAAUCGAGCUUUGAUAGAAAAACUUAACAACUUUCAACAGAAAAUCAUUCAGCUGCAGUUGGAAAAUAAAAAUCUAAGAGAGAAUGGCGAGGGAGCGAAAGAAGCUAAAGAAGAAUUGAUUCGUAAGGCAAGGGAACUGCAAGAUAUGGAGCGGAGAUUGGAGGAGCAGAAAAAUGCUUUGGAAGAAAAGGAGAUGGAGCUUAACAUCCAACUCAUGAAAAUAAAGGAAAUCGAAAAGGACAUCGUACGACAGAAGAGACAGAUUACAAAACUAGAGAUUCUCCACGAAGAAGGUCAACAAGAAAAUGAGCGACAGCAAGAGGAAAUCGCCAUGUUGAAAGACGAUAGAUUAAAACAGCAGGAGCAGAUUCGCCAACUGGAGCUGAAACAGAGGCAGGGUGAUGAACGUCUCAGAAGGCUUGAAGAAAGAUUGAAGCAGAUAGAAGAAGCUCCCGUCAACAAAAAUAAAGGCAUCAAAACUCGAGAUCCCAAAUUUAGGACGACCAAGCGACUUUUGGGUCAGAUGUACAAUAGCGAAAUCACGUGAUAACUUCUAAUUUCAAAUCACAUCAGCACGGUAGCAUCUCAGUGUACUAGCAUUAUCCACAUUAUUACAUGUAAUAAAUGGCAAUCCUUUUGAUAUUCCAUUUCUCUGUAAUUUUGCUUUGAACUUUCAAUAUGAAUCUUAAAUUUCGAUGGAUGUUUCCAAACCAGAUUUUAUUUGACUCUUUCCUUUGUUUUCAUGGUUUUACUGUAUUUGUUAUUUCUCUUUUUUCCCUCUUCUUUUU